AUCGUUUAGACCCUGAGUCUCUGCAGCAAUCUAUCUCUAGUCAAGAUCUGAUCACAACGCAUACCAAGAUGGGCAAAGGUGGUAGGAUCGAUGUCUACCUGGACUGUAAUUCGCCAUACUCAUAUUUCACGCACAUGCACCUUCGUCGAAUCCGACCCCAGUUAGCCAAGCACCACAUCACAAUCUCCAUGCACCCCAUUUUCCUUGGAGGAAUCAACGUCGGAUCGGGUAACAAACCGCCGUGGACACUGCCCGCCAAAGCCACCAUGGGUACAUUUGACGGAGCACGCGCAAAGCAAUAUUUCAAAGUCCCCGAACCAGACAAGUUUUCCGCGCCACCAUUCUUCCCCAUCAUGAGUCUCUUGCCCAUGCGAGCUUUACUCUUUGUCCGAGAAGAAUUAUUGGAUGUGGAAGGUAAUUUUGAAGAUCGAGAGAAGUUUGAGGUGGCCUUUGGGGAGUUGUGGAAUAUGUUGUGGAGGGAACAUGAGGAUAUUAGUAAACCUGAGGUUUUGGUGAAGUGUCUUGGGAGGCAUUUGAAGAAAGAGGAAGCGGAGAGGGCUGUGAAGGCUGCGAAGGAGGAGAAGUGGAAGAAGAUGUUGGUGGAUGAGACGGGGAGGUUGGUGGAGAAGGGGGCUUAUGGUGCGCCGUGGUUUAUUGUUACGAAUGCGAAGGGUGUGGAGGAGCCAUUUUUUGGAAGUGAUCGCUUCCAUUAUAUUUAUCAAUUCUUGGGCGUACCGUUCAGAGAUAUUGAGAUUUUGCCGCCGGGUGGCGAGAAAGAGGCGAAGCUGUAGACACAGGAAGACUCAUAUAUGUACUCUAUGAUUGCUGAUUGAAGUUUGAUAGGCACGCAACAAGAUAAGGCUUUGCAGACAAGGCGUCAAAACUAAUUUAUGAGAAAGUGUGCGCAUCGCCUCCGUGUGCUUGCAACUCUCCUUUCCACGUCAGUAAGAGUCAACUGCGCGAUAG